GACCUAUAGCCUUGCUUUGCUUUAUAGAUUUUAUUACAGUAUAUGCAUGUAUGGAGCAAACUCUACUGGCAGCUCAGUAUUACUACAUUUGUAAUCUUGACUGUUGGCCAGAUGCUAGGUAACAAAAUAUCUUAAAGAUGCUUCUGCAGGGAAUAGAAUAUUUUUGUAAUAUCUGACAAUUUGCAGAACAACAAAUCUACCUACCUCAUUAGAAAAAAUGUUUUAAUUUACAUUUUAAUUUAAUUUAAAAAUGUGAAAUUCUUAGGAUCCUAAGACAGCUUUAUUUUAUCUAAAGCUUUCCAUAGGAACCAGUAUGGUAAAAGUAGGGCAUAUGUAUACUAAGCUUUUAUUUUCCAAAGAUCUGGGCUAUUGAUUAUUCUAUUGCUGAGUUUCACUAUAAUGCACCCCUCUGCCCAUGUCAAACAUGUUAAUGAAGAUUUUAAAGAUUGAACACAUAGGUCAGGAUCACAUACUGAAUGAAGUUGAAUGAAUAAUCUGUGAACUUAAACCAGGGUAGAUAAACAUUUUAUACUGGUAGAUAUAUAUGUGACCUGUUUGUGGAUAGUGUCUGGUUGUUGUUGUGAACCCGUUACCAGAAAGUUGGUGAGAUUGCUCCCUGCCAGCCCACGUUCCCUUUGUUUUCUGGGCAGUUGAACACAUAAAGCACUGGGUUGUGCUCAUCUGUUAUUUUUAAAGGGUAUCUGUAGAGUACAUGUGCUCUGUGGCAUAAUUGCAAAUGAAGACGCCAGAGGGCAGAUGAUUGCAGUAUGUCACCUUUCCUUAGUAAAAGAAUAAUCAGAACCUAGCAAAUACUAAGGUUCAUAUUUAUCUCUGUACUCAGUUAUAUAUAAAUAUCAAUUUUGGUUAAUUCACUUGCUAUGUUGCCAGAAUGGCAUGAUCCAUAUACAUAUACAUGUAAUUGUCAGAAGGCUAGAAAGCAAAAGGUUGCAGAAAUAUAAAUUAGUUAAUUUGCCUGAGAGACAUAAAGUAUAAAUUCCUUCAAAAACUAGUGAGUAAGCAGCCCCAAGUGGUAUGGAUUGUCAUUUAUUGGCAAGAGCAACAGGAGAAGACAUUAGGCACAUAAAGGUCACAUUUGUGUACAGCUAGUCCUCACUUAACAGACUGCAACUAGGACUGGCAGCUUCAUUGCUACUGUAGACAAUGCAGUUGUAAAAUGAAGCAUCAUGUGACCAUGCCUGACUUACAUUGUCACUUUAAGGUGUCAUUAAUCAAAUCAGUGUUAAGUGCAAUGUUACAUGACCACAACUUGUGACUUCCUGUCAGCUUCUGCACUGAUUUUGCCUGUUGGAAAUCAGCUGUGAAGGUUGUAAAUGGCAAUCACAUGAUUGGGAUGCUGCGAUCAUUGUAAAUGUGCACUGGUUGUCAAGUGCCUGAAUCACUGUCAUGUGACUGCAGUUUCAAGGAGCCAUCAUAACUCACCCUUUUUCAGCACCACUCCAACUGAAUGGUCACUGAAUGAAUGCAUCCAUAUUUGAGCUGGUAAUUAGUUGUAUCUUUUCUAGUUUUAUAACUGUUCAGCUAAUAAAUACACUAAUAUAUAAGAAUUGCAUGAGAUGGGAUUAUGAGUGAUUAUAACUCACUAUGUGCUAAUCCAGAAAAAUAAGGUUGUUUUUUUUAAAGCACCUGGUUUGAGCGUGUCAAGUAAAUACCAAGAUGUAAGAAUUGUAACAUUUUUAAAGUAUAGUUUCCAAUAUGAAAAGCAUAUACCAACUAGCAGUCUGGUUUAUCAUUUGUAUUUGUAUGAUCAAAGCAUUCAGUAAAUAUUUAAGCAAGAUGUUUUUCAGUCUCCAUUCUAUUGCUUUAAAUCAGCCUGAAGUAUAUCAAGGCAUCUAUAUAAUUUCAGUUGAACAUGUGGCAUUUAAUCCCUGUUAUGUCAUGUCACUUGGAGAAUAAAGGUAUUAAAUAGCCUAUAAACCCCAUUUUGAUUCUGUGUCUUGGGCUUGUGAUUUAGUUGAGCUUAAAAUGCACACAUCUAACUAUUUUCUUUACUCCUCUGAUCCUGACAGUCUAUCCGAGAUGUAAGUUACAGUAUGUGUAUGGAAGAGCAGAGAAUAAAUAAGAUAGUUGGUACUUUAAAAAAACCAUAUGCUAUUAUUUCAGUUGUAAAGGAAGUCCCCUCCCUCCAAUCCAUGGUCUAUAUUUAACAAUCUGUAUACAGUGCUGACACUUACAAACACGAAUGCCUUUAUCUGGGUUGCCAAAAAUGAUUUACCUACUUUCACUUAAGCUGAAAACUGACCCUAGCGAGGGAAAAUGGAUGUGCGAAGCUAAUCGUUACACUCACAAGAGAACACAUUUUGCCUUAACAAAUACCUGCAACAACCCUGCCGGUUUUUAAAACUAGAUUUGUUCCAAAGAAUGCUGGAAUUUUUCCCCCCCUUUUAAACACAUCUUUUAAACGUAUGGGUUUUAUAGGCUACCCUAGAGCUUUGGAAUAGGGCGAGAACCAAAUCCAAACAAGUGCGAUGUAAGGAGCGUGCGUUCCGAAGCAGGCGUCCCUUUCCUAGACAUAAACCACGGGACCAAGACAAAAAUCGCUCCCUUCCUUUUCCGCCCUGGCUGCAUUUACUUCGUCCCCUUUGUCGGUCUUUUUAAACGCGCAGAACCCCGCCAAAAAGAUGCCUCGGGCAAAUGCAGCAGCCGGGGCGGUGCAAUGUACCUAUCCGCACAGCUGGUGUUGCCAGGAGACCGAGUCGCAUGCUCGGAGCAGGAGAAAGAAAAGCAGAAGGGAGUGGGCUGCCGAGGCUGGAGGCAGAGUAGCAGCGGCAGCGGGGACCUCUGGGAAGGGAGUGUUCUGGCUGCUGCAAAGUUAACCUGCCGCUGUUGCUUUAGGCGUGAGAGGAAGCGGCGCAGGGGCGAGAAGGAAGGCGUCCAGCUGAGCGCAGCCAAAUCAGGGCGCCGAGCGGUUCGCUGCGGCAGCGCUGGAGAAGCGAGCGGGCAGGAGGCGAAGGGCGCAUGCAGCAAGGCUCCAGCUCCGCUCCGGCGGCGCACAAUGGACGACGAAAGCAUCAAGAGGUGGCCCCAACCACCUGAGGCAGAUGGAGAUAAGGAUCAGCGGACAGUGACCAUCAACUCUUGUCACACGGGAAAGGCAUUCAAAGUCAUGAAUGAAUUAAGGAGCAAGCGGCUUCUUUGCGAUGUGGUAAUCGUUGCUGAAGACAUUGAAAUUGAAGCCCACCGUAUUGUCCUAGCAGCUUGCAGUCCAUAUUUCUGUGCAAUGUUUACAGGAGAUAUGACGGAAAGCAAAGCAAAGAAGAUAGAAAUCAAAGAUGUUGAUGGACUAACCUUAAGCAAGCUAAUUGAUUAUAUCUACACAGCAGAGGUAGAGGUCACAGAAGAGAAUGUCCAGGUUUUAUUGCCAGCUGCCAGCUUGUUACAGCUGAUGGAUGUUCGACAGAACUGUUGUGACUUUCUUCAGUCUCAGCUCCAUCCCACAAAUUGCCUUGGAAUUCGCGCAUUUGCAGAUGUGCACACCUGCACAGAAUUAUUGCAACAGGCCAAUGCCUAUGCAGAGCAGCAUUUUCCUGAAGUGAUGCUUGGCGAAGAAUUUCUUAGCUUAAGCUUGGACCAAGUUUGCAGCUUGAUAUCAAGUGACAAGCUCACAGUGUCAUCAGAGGAAAAGGUCUUUGAAGCUGUCAUUUCGUGGAUAAAUUAUGACAAAGAAUCUCGCUUAGAACACAUGGCAAAGCUGAUGGAGCAUGUUCGCCUUCCUCUCUUGCCCAGAGAUUACCUUGUACAGACAGUUGAAGAAGAAGCUUUAAUCAAGAAUAAUAAUACAUGUAAAGACUUCCUCAUUGAAGCCAUGAAAUAUCACUUACUUCCUCUGGAUCAGAGACAGCUGAUAAAAAAUCCUAGAACCAAACCAAGGACACCAGUCAGUCUGCCAAAGAUAAUGAUUGUAGUGGGUGGGCAGGCACCAAAAGCCAUUCGAAGUGUGGAGUGUUAUGACUUUGAGGAGGAGCGAUGGGAUCAGAUUGCUGAACUUCCUUCUCGGAGAUGCAGAGCGGGGGUGGUAUUCAUGACAGGCAAAGUCUAUGCGGUGGGAGGUUUCAAUGGCUCUUUGCGUGUUCGGACGGUUGAUGUGUAUGAUGCAGUGAAAGAUCAUUGGACAUCUAUAGCUAGCAUGCAAGAAAGACGAAGCACUUUAGGAGCUGCUGUGCUCAAUGAGCUCCUGUACGCUGUUGGCGGAUUUGAUGGAAGUACUGGUCUAGCAUCUGUGGAGGCUUAUAAUUACAAGAUCAAUGAAUGGUUUUUUGUGGCGCCUAUGAACACAAGAAGAAGCAGUGUUGGAGUUGGAGUUGUAGAGGGUAAACUGUACGCUGUUGGUGGAUACGACGGAGCAUCACGUCAGUGCCUUAGUACUGUGGAGCAGUAUAAUCCAGCUACAAAUGAAUGGUCUUAUGUUUCUGAUAUGAGUACUCGGCGCAGUGGUGCAGGAGUUGGUGUUCUUAGCGGCCAGCUGUUUGCCACUGGAGGGCAUGAUGGUCCUUUGGUGAGGAAAAGCGUGGAAGUAUAUGAUCCUGGAACAAAUACAUGGAAACAAGUAGCAGAUAUGAAUAUGUGUAGAAGAAAUGCAGGUGUGUGUGCAGUGAAUGGACUUCUUUAUGUGGUUGGGGGAGAUGAUGGCUCUUGCAAUUUGGCCUCUGUAGAAUAUUAUAAUCCUGUCACUGACAAAUGGACACUAUUACCAAGCAACAUGAGCACUGGAAGAAGUUAUGCAGGUGUAGCUGUGAUCCAUAAACCAUUGUGACACCUAUUUGUGUGACUGCAACGCAAGAAAUGAUGUCCAUCUAGCCUGAGGUGUUUUAGAAGAAACGGGGGAUUUUUAAUUGCCAUACUAACACUUCUAGCCUGACAAGCAUAUAUACUAAGAGCAUCCCUUUCUGUUCAACAUGCCACUGCUGGGAACAAAUUCCAGAAAUAAGGUGUUGCUUAUUUUGUGGGUGUUCUGUUCUGUUCUUGUGUGAGCUGUUUUAUGUACAGCCAGGAUUGAGAAGUGAAUUUCUCAAGAAAGAGGAUAUGUUUCUCUACAGCUUGUGACUGGGAGAAACUUUUUUAAAGAAUUCUUUACUACUGACAGUGAAUUGAGUAUUAGAUAUAAUUUUUUACUUGGUUAUAAGUACUUAAUUACAUCCACAGAAACUAGAAAUUUCAAAAUACCCAUAAAAACUCCCUGGGAAGCAGGCCCGAAGUUUAUUUGCUGUAUUGUGUCCAAUCUGUGUACAUAUCCUACUUAACUACUGUAAAUGUAUAAUUUUGGGUGCUGGAAGUAUCCGCUGUAUGAUUUUUCUCUUGAGGAAAAACCCAAAUUCAUCAAAUUGGCUUGAUGAGCCAAAUAGUAUGUUUCUCUGAAGUUCAAAUGCCCAAACACCAGAGAUACCACUGAAAUGUUGAGAGAGACCUACUGCUUUUUGAACAGACAUUUUUCUUCAAAGUUGACUUUUUAAUGGAAUGAUGGGGGAAUGUAAUAUAUUUGUUGUCAACAAUUGAAAAACCAAUCAGAAAAAGCAAGCUGGACCUGCAGUCUGUUUUUGGUACUGUGAUAUUGCUUCAUCUUCAACAGUGUAGAAUGAUGGAAAUAUGCCACCAAAUUCCAGAGAACUUUGCAACUUUUAUGAUGAUUUGGGAUUUUAGGUGGGACCAUAAGCCACUUCAGGAACAGAAGCAGUAAUGUGCCAGGAUGAUAAGGUACUACCAAGUACAAGGGCAGAGGGAAUUUGGGGCGAGGUUUUCUGUGGAAAUGCAUCUUCAGAAGACCAAAUGGGAUAUCAAGAAGACUGGAACAAUCAUCUAGGAAAUCCCAGCUAAGCUUUGAUUAGAAGGAACUGGAUUCCUGCAUAUACUUCUCAUGCAUUUGACCAUACAUCAUCAGUUGCCCAAGAUAUUUAGAACUUUUAUGUGUCUUCCACUUCAUCAUUUAAUUCUUCCAGCUAGAGCUAUCCUUCUAAAUGUUAUCCAUACUUUUACUGUUCUAUGUGUAAAAAAAAGUUAUUUGGAAUUAAUUUAUUCUAAAAAGGAAAGGUAAGUAACUUCUCAGAAUAGGGAAAAUAUCCAGCUAUACAACUUGAUCUGUAUCCGAUCCCAUUCUAGUUAUUUUUUUUUAAAAAAAUCAAAAUUAUCAUCACGUGGAAAAUGAUUCGGUUACUAAAAAUAUAUUAGGUAUUGACUUCCAAUUUUUCAUUCAGCUAAUAUUCCCUGAAGCACUAUUUCCCUAUUUUCCACUAUCUUUUUCUUGAAUACAUUUUCUGUUUUAUUUUGAUUUAAGAAAAGCAUUUAACUCAUUUGUCUUUCAGUUUUUUGUCACUUAAAACAACUGUGAAACAUUAAGCAGAAAAUGCAAUUGAACAUAAUUUUCAGUAGGUGUUUCUAAAGACAAGAUUGGAUUAUUUUUUUUACAAUUUCUUUUAAAAAACUCUCUACAUCUUAGAGUUACUUUUUGUAUAUUGGAAGAAAGGGUAUAGUAUCAAAGGGCAAGAAUGCACAUGGAACCCUUGCUGCUGUUUAAAACUCUUUGAACAGUAAACUGAUUAUUGUCUGUUUAACACAUACUUUAAGGUAGAAUAUAUAGCAUUUUCUUCAUUUGAGUUUUCUUCCUUUUUACUAAGGUAGCCUGUCACUAAGGAAUUGUUUUUCCGAAGCUGGGAACAAAUACAUUGCAUCAAUUGCAUUUUCUAUACAGAGUUUGAGGGUUAAUGAAAUACAGCUUCCUUUUCUCCACAUAGGAGUUCCAUCCAGAGUCAUUGAAUAUGGACUUCCUGUGGCCAAUCUCUAGUCUUUCUGAGGAAGAUUUGGGAAUACUGUGGAGAUUUUGAUAGGGCUUAGCCAGGCCUGGAUGUUUAUUGCUGAGCAAUAAUCAGUUGAAUUGACAUAGGUUAACUGAAAGCAAAUAAGUUAUAUCCUGCCUGAAAAUUAAAUGUGAACUAGGACUUUGCAUGUGAUGGUAGUAAAUUACACUCAAUGCUUUGUAAACAAAUAGACAUGGAACAGGAUUUAAACUUCAUAUUUUCCCCUCACUGCCCACACAAACCUCCCUAGAAAAUCUACUGGACAUCAUAAUUUUUGCUCAAAAAUCUCCAGGAUGUUGUCUGAGUACAAAUCCGGCCGUCCCCACUGGGCAAACAUCUGGGUAUGUUUCUGUUAAUCCUGCCUGUAGCACAUGUGAAUCACUCAACAGGUGGAAAAUGCUUCCAAGAAUCUGCACGUGAAGACCACAGUAUGUAAACCAGUCAGGUUUUUCAAAUAACAAUGAGAUUUUUUUUUCUGUUUUUGCUCUAUGAUGCUAAUUGAGGCAUUUGUGCAGUAGUAAGAGGCCAUAUUUAUCUCCUUUGAUGAUGCAAGUAUUUCUACAAAUGUAUAUGCAUUAAAAUCCAAUUUCUUAUCAAAGCUAUAUGCAUGCUACAUUCCACCACUGAUAGGCAAUGUUUUUUGCUGUCUAUAAAGGGGCCCCAUGUUUGCAUGUGACAAACUGCUGGUGGUGGUGGUGGGGAGGAAUUAGAAACUCGUAUGUUGGCUGUUCAUAAAUGGCAUUGGUUUCAACUAAGAGCCACUUAUCACUAGCAAAUGGUAUGUGUCACUCUUCUGUGGGUAAACUUGCAGGGUUAAUGCAAGUCAAGUGACCUCAUUUCUCAGCUAUGCAAUAUUAAUAAUUGUGACACAACAACCAGCUGCAAUUGCCCUUUCAAAGCGCUUUUGAAAUAACUUUCAUUUGCACCAUGCCAAUUCUGAGCCGCAGCUUUUCAAAGAUUGCCUUUUUAUAGGGCUUGAAAAUACAGCUUUAGAGCUGGCAAAUUUAAAUGUAAUUAUUUUUGUAAGAUAAUUCUUAAUGAGUUCUUGGAUCUCUUUUGAUGUUGGUGGCAAUUAUGAUUAGUGUCUAAUCCUUACACCAUGGGCCCAUUUCUCAUUAGCCAUUUAUUUAUGAUGGCUUAUGGAAAGGACACAAUCCUCCUCAAUGUUAAUUAACAGUGGACUGUUACCUCUGUAUUAGUAAGAUUUUGAACCAAGGCACAUAGCUAUGCCUGCUUGUUUAUUGGCUUUUUUUAAAAAAUGGACAUAAUUUGUUGGCUUCAUCUUGUAUGUCAGGAUUGCUUUAUUUUUCUCUUUGGUUCUCUAGUAACAAUGUGCUCUGCAGCUAAAUGCUAGAGACAAAUUUAGAAGUAAAGUUUCUUUCCAAGAGGGCUUUGAGAGAGCUAAUCUUGUUCAAAUAUUACCGACUGAAGCUGUUUUACGAUCUCCUGUCCAAAAACUGACUCAUUUGAUUGUGAAAUGAUCUUCCAUAAAACUUGGGUCAUAGAUGAAAAACUUAAAAGCAAAUGCAAAAGACUGUUUUUACAUCUGUGCUCAAUAUAUGCUCCUGCAAAUUUUCCUUUUUGGAAGCUCCUGCCAUAUAAUUCCCCCCCCCCAGUACUUUAAAGGAAAUCUGUAUAUGCCAACUUAAUUAGCAUGGACACACUAUUACCUCUUUAGUUUUUCCAUUUUGGUUGCUGUUCUAGUUUCAUUAGGUGAUACAUAAACGGGGUGCAAAAAUC